AUGGUUACUGGAGAGCAAGUCAUGGCUAUCUCGAGCAAUGGGCCUUCGUGCCACGAUUUAGAUAAUACCAUCCGCGUUGGUAUGGGUAAAUGCCGCGGAGGAUUCGACUUUUCUCUUCUGUUUGAAGAGACUAUCCUGCAAAUCUUACCGAUCGCCUUAAUUUUGAUCAUUACUCCUUUCCGCGUCUGGCAAAUUUCACAAAAACGACGAAAGGUCACCGGCUCAUUAUGGCUUCCUGUCAAAGUCGCUGCUUGGUUGUUCUUCUUCGGUAUUCAAAUCGCUCAAACGGUCCUCUGGGCUCUCCCAGGCGCUGAUAGAACUUCGGCCUCCAUUGCAUCCAGUGCAGUUCUGAGCGCUGGUGCACUGCUGCUUGCCGUGCUCUCUUAUGCGGAGCACACGCGAUCUGUCCGACCUUCAUUCAUUUUAAAUACCUACCUUCUCUGCAGCCUGCUUUUCGAUGCCGCGCAUGCCAGAACGUUGUGGCUGCGGUCUGCCGACUCAUUCAAUGAGAUCAUUGCACUCAUCACCAGCGUUGCCGUUGGGGCCAAAUGUCUUCUUGUCCUUUUGGAAGCGGUGGAAAAGCGAAGUAUCUUAAAGACCGAGUUUGCCGGUUACCCUCCUGAGGCAACCGCUGGAUUCUACAACCGAUCCUUAUUCUGGUGGUUGAACCCUCUCUUCCGCGUGGGCUACAGCAAUGUCCUAUCCGUUAGGGACCUCUUCGUCUUGGACAAAGAGCUAAGUUCUGAGAGGCUACUUGCCCUUUUUGAAGAAAGAUGGAGCAAAGUACAAAAAAAAUCUCCGAAUAGUUUGCAAUUCGAGUGCUUCAAAGCUACCAAAGGACCCAUUUUGGCUGCUAUUCCUGCUCGAGCCUGUGUUGUAGCAUUCAACUUCUGUCAGCCUGUUCUUUUGACGCGGUCACUCAAUUUCUUUGAUGAACCAGUCAACGCUGCUACCAACAACGUUGGCUAUGGUUUGAUCGGUGCUUAUGUCCUGGUCUACACAGGUCUUGCAGUUGCAAUGGGCCAGUACCAACAUAACACUUACCGCGGAAUUACUAUGGUGCGCGGUAUCUUGGUCACUAUGCUCUACAAGAAAGCUAGCAGCCUCAGCCUCAACGAAGCUGACCCCGCCAAUUCGCUUACAUUGAUGAGUGCCGAUGUCGAGAGAAUAACCAAUGGUUGGCAGACCAUGCAUGAGAUCUGGGGCAACACCUGUGAGAUUGGGUUGGCAAUCUUCCUACUUGAGCGCCAGCUCGGUAUCUCCUGUGUCGUUCCCGUUUGUGUGGCGAUAGUGGCCUUACUUGGAUCUCUGGUCGCAAUGUCCUUUGUUGUGUCCCGGCAAGCCAAGUGGCUAGAGGCAAUCGAGCGCCGCAUCUUGUCUACUUCAGGCAUGUUGGGAUCCAUGAAAGGUGUCAAGAUGCUGGGCCUGCAGGACUCAUUCAUGAAAUUUGUGCAUGGUUUGCGUAUUGACGAACUCAACAUCUCCAAGAAAUUCCGUACCCUUCUUGUCUGGAACAUGGGAUUCGCCUGGUCGACUCGUAUUUUCGCUCCGAUUGUCACUUUCGGUGUCUACGCCGCUAUUUCCCCACACGCACUGACCGUUUCGAGAGUCUUCACUUCACUGUCGCUAUUCUCUCUUCUCUCCGACCCUCUUAUGACCUUGGUGAUGGCUCUCAUGUCAUUCUUGGGCUCUGUUGGGUCGUUUGUGCGAAUUCAGGAAUUCUUGGACAAGGAGGACCACUCUGAUCACAGACGUGAUGUACCUCGUAUUCCCUCUCUCGAGGACGUGGGUGAGGCUAAGCUUCUCUCGAAGUCUGGCGAUCUUGAUAUUUCUUCGAGCCACUCGGAAUCCGUGGAAUCAUUCAAGCGCAGCCCUAUUGUUUCGACUUCCCCCAAUAUUGCGGUUAUCCAGAAUGGAAGCUUCUCGUGGGAUGCUUCUAAAGGGCCUGUUCUUAAAGAUAUAACUGUCACUAUUCCUCGCGGCAGCUUCACCAUGCUAAUUGGACCCUCUGGAUGUGGAAAGUCGACUUUUCUCAAAGCUCUCCUUGGUGAGAUCCCUUGUGCCGAGGGAAAGGUCUCCUUAUCUUCUCCCAGUGUGGCCUUCUGUGAUCAAACACCGUGGCACAUGAAUGGCACCAUCAAGGACAGCAUCGUUGCCAUGUCGGAGUACGAUCCCAAGUGGUAUUCAACGGUGAUUCAAGCCUGUGCCCUCGAAGAAGAUCUUGGUCAGUUCCCGCGUGGUGACUCCAGUGUGAUUGGCAGCAAGGGUGUCGCACUCAGCGGUGGUCAAAGCCAGCGAAUUGCUCUGGCCCGCGCUGUCUACGCCCGCCGAAAGAUGGUCAUACUGGAUGACGCUCUAAGUGGCCUCGAUGCCACGACUGAGAACCACAUCUUCCACUAUCUCUUCGGUAACUAUGGUCUCUUCCGCGAGAAUGGAACAUCCAUAAUCGUCGCUUCUUCUUCGGUGAAGCGUCUUCCCUACACAGAUCAUAUUGUCGUUCUCGAUUCUACUGGUCGCAUAUCUGAGCAAGGCAGCUUCAGCGCUCUCAGUAAGACGGGUGGCUAUGUUGCUAGUUUCGGCCUCGGUAGUCCUGAAUGGGAGUACAAGACAAAGCGAUUCUCCGAGUCUCCCAGCAGCAGUACCUUCGAUUCAAUCGAGAAGGAGAAGGAGAUCUUGACUCCUGAGCCCGAGCACCGCGAGACUGGCGGUGAUUUGUCGAUCUACACAUACUACAUCAACGCCAUCGGCUGGGUUCCUGCGAUGGUCUUCGUUGGUGCCAUGGCGGUCUUCGUUUUCUGUCUCUCGUUCCCUAGUAUCUGGUUGAAGUGGUGGGCCCAAUCCGACACAUUGGAGCCCAAGCAACAUGUCGGUUACUAUAUGGGCAUCUACGCGAUGCUCGGUGCGGUGGCUAUGCUCUCUCUCAUUCUUGGCAGCUGGCAGAUGAUUAUCACCAUGGUUCCAAAGUCAGGCGAGAGCUUCCACCGCAAGCUUUUGAUCACCGUGCUCAGUGCUCCUAUGCUGUUCUUCUCGACCACCGACAGCGGUGCUAUCCUCAACCGAUUCAGUCAAGAUUUGCAACUUAUCGACAUGGAACUUCCCAUUGCCGCCAUCAACACCGUUGCUACUUUCUUCCUCUGCUUGGCGCAGAUGGCCCUGGUUGGUGUUGGCUCCGAAUAUGCAGCCAUCUCUUUCCCUAUCGUGCUCGGUAUAUUGUUCCUGAUCCAAAAGCUUUACUUGCGUACCUCCCGUCAGCUCCGGUUCCUGGAUCUCGAGGCCAAGGCUCCACUCUACUCGCACUUUACCGACUGUCUUCAGGGACUUGUUACCCUACGGGCCUUUGGAUGGCAACAUGGUAUGGAGAAGAAGAAUAUUGAGCUCCUAGAUCAGUCUCAGAGGCCCUUCUACUUCAUGUUCGCUAUCCAACGGUGGUUGACUCUUUCGCUGGAUCUCCUUGUCGCCGGUAUUGCCAUCCUUCUAAUUGUGCUUGUUGUCGUUCUCCGUGGAACCAGUCUCGGUGCAGGCUCCGUUGGUGUCGCGCUCCUCAAUGUCAUCCAGUUCAGCCAGAGCAUUAAGCUUCUAAUCACUUUCUGGACCAACCUUGAGACCCACAUUGGUUCCAUUCUACGCAUCAAGGACUUUACUCACACUGUCAAGUCUGAGGACUUGCCCGGAGAGAAUGGCGAUGUGCCUCCCGACUGGCCUCAAAAUGGCGCAGUAACCUUCCACUCGGUCUCAGCCGCCUAUAGACCCGAGGAGCCGGUCCUCAACGAAGUCUCACUCACCAUCCAAGGGGGAGAGAAGGUGGGUAUCUGUGGACGAACAGGAAGCGGCAAAACCUCCAUGAUCAUGAGCAUCUUCCGCAUGAUCGAGAUGACGAGCGGCACUAUCACCGUGGACGGCGUUGACAUCACUCGACUUCCCCGACGCAAAAUUCGCUCACGCAUCAACGGGGUCUCACAAGAUUCUCUCCUGUUCAAAGGCAGCGUCCGCCUCAACGCCGACCCGACGGGGUUAAGCACCGACCGAGACAUUCUAAAUGCACUCAAGGCCGUGCAGCUCCUCUCUGCAAUCGAAGAAAAGGGGUCCCUAGAGACCGACAUCGAUGAGAUCCACCUGUCGCACGGCCAGAAACAACUCUUCUGUCUCGCUCGGGCACUCCUUCGCCCGGGCAACAUCCUUAUCCUCGAUGAGGCAACCAGCAACAUCGACACCAAAACAGAUGAAAUUAUGCAGCGGGUCAUUCGCGAGAAAUUCUGCAGGCACACAAUUAUCUCGGUCGCGCACAAGCUCGACACAAUCCUUGAUUAUGAUCGGGUAGUGGUGCUCGAUGCCGGACGGAUCGUCGAGAUCGGUGAGCCGUACGUGCUCCUAACCGAGCCGAAGUCGCAUUUCAGUAAAUUAUACUCGAAUGCGCUGGCCGCUGAUGAUGAGGAGUAA